GAAAUGCACAGUGACUUUCAUUUUCCAAACUGAGGCUCUCUCCACAGCAGUACGAAGGGACUGAGGCUGUUACCUAUGGCUGAAGAGAGCCAGAAUCAAAAACCAUCCAAGAUUUUGGAAUCCAUUGGCAAAGAUUUCCUCAAUGGCUUUUUGGAUAACUUGGUGGAAAAACAAGUGGUGAAAUUGGAUGAAGAGGCACAGGAAAACUUUAGUAAUGCCAAAGCUGAAAAGAAGGCCAGGAUCUUGAUGGACUCUGUGCUACAGAACCGCCAUAAGGCAGGUGAAGUGCUUAUCCAAACCCUCCUUAACACAAACCAAACACCCACCAAUAUACAAGCUCCUCUGGAGAAUGAGGCUCAUCCACCUAAGUCAGAAGAAUACACAGAUACCCUUAAGCAUUGUCCUCAUGAAACAUUCCUGAAAAUAUGUAAAGAAAAGGCUGGAAAGAUCUAUCCAAUAAAGGACAAACAGAAUCGCACUCGCCUGGCUCUCAUCGUAUGCAAUACAGAGUUUGAACAUCUUCCUUUGAGGGAAGGGGCUGAUCUUGACCUUGCAGGCAUGAAGGGGCUGCUUGAGGGUCUGGGCUACACUGUGGAUAUAAAAGAGCGGCUCACAGCCAAGGAUAUGGUGUCAGAGCUGGAGACAUUUGCCACCCGACCAGAACACAACUCCUCAGACAGCACAUUCUUGGUGUUCAUGUCUCAUGGCACCCUGGAAGGAAUCUGUGGAACUAAGCAUAGUGACAAAACCCCAGAUGUACUACCUUAUGACACCAUCUUCCAGAUAUUCAACAGUUGCAACUGUGUCAGUCUAAUAAACAAACCCAAGGUCAUCAUUGUUCAGGCCUGCAGAGGCGAAAAUGUUGGGAAUGCAUAUGCCUGGGCCUCUCCAGCAAUCUCAGCAGACAGCUCUACACAGUCACUAAGGAACCUGCAGAAAGAUGCUAUUUCCUUGACCCAUGUGGAGAAGGACUUCGUUGCAUUCCACUCCUCAACCCCACAUAAUGUGUCCUACAGAGAUGGCACGAAGGGCUCUUUCUUCAUCAUUCAGCUCAUCGCAUGCUUCCAAAAAUAUUCUUGGUGCUGUCACCUCAUGGAAAUAUUUAGGGAGGUACAAAAUGCAUUCGAAACCCCAGAUGAUUAUGCCCAGAUGCCCACCAUAGAACGACAAACCAUGUCAAGAUAUUUCUACCUCUUCCCUGGCCAUUGAAAAUAGAAACCACAGGCAGCCCAGCCCUCCUUUACUGACUUCAUGAAGUACCUGUACAGCACAAGCAUGCAAACGUUUGUAUUUCAAUAAAAAUGAACACAAAUGAACUA